UUUAGAAGAAAAUGUUACGCCAAAGGAAGAUUUUCAACAUUGUUUGCAUAAUUUUGAUGAUUGCAUUUGUCGGUCGGACUGUAGAUGUAAUAAAGACAGUGCGUGCGUAAACCAAAAUCACUGUCAUUGCAGAAAUUAUACCAAUCAAGCCAUUACAGGAAGUCAUUGCUGUAAUAAUUCUCGUUGUUACUGCAGAAAUGCAGAAUCUGGGAGAGAACAUAAAAGCUGUCAACAUUCUUGUGAUAAAAUUGAAAGACACAAUCAGUUAAAUUCUUGUUGUGAAUCUCAGCACUCUGUUAAUAGCCACAGCUGCUGUAUGAGAAAUGGCGAAAGCAUCAAGCAACUGUCCGUUCACUGCAGUCAUCAUUGGUAUUGUAAUCCCAGCUCCAAACAAUGUUCACAUCCAGAAUAUUGCAAUUGUAGAAAAGAUUUGACAAGAGAUCGACAUUUGUCACAUCCUUCUUAUGAUUCUCCACAAACCGAUUCAAUUAGCAUUCCAAGUAAAGAUAGAGACUACAGAAGUGACGUGACGAAAGAUCGGAAUAUGUCAGCUGGUAGACAAGAUCGGCACCGACGGACAAAUUCUAUUUCGAGUAAAGAAGGUGCUGAUAAAGCCGUUAGAGACAAAAAUGAUGACAAAAUUCAAUAUCUGAUUUCGCCACUGAAAUCCACUAGACUAAGACCGAUUCGUCAGAAAACUAAAAAUGCAAUAGUGAGUUAAAUUUAUAUAAAUUUG